AUGCGGGAGAUUCUUCCACUUGACAAGGUACUCGACGCUCCUCGGGACUCCGCGACGCCGAAUGGUGCGAGUGUCCAGCAAGGCUUCGACCUCCUUGUCGAUUGCAGUGGUCAUAGUGGCGGGAGCGCGCUGCGACACGCCCCGGCUCGGGUCCUCCGCGUCUUCAUGGUAGGGCCGCAGGCAACUAGCAUGAAAGACAGGAUGAAUCUUCAGGUUAGCAGGGAGCUGCAGUUUGUAGGCUGCAUUGCCCGCUCGCUUGAUGACAGUGAAAGGCCCCUCGUACUUUCGCAAAAGUCCACGGUGCACUUUGCGAAAUGCCUUGAACUGUUGAGGCUGCAGCUUGAUCAACACUCGAUCUCCCUCGGCAAACUCCAAGGGUCGCCGCUUUGCAUCGGCCCACUUUUUCAUUCGGCGGGCCGCCUUCUCGAGAUAGGCUCUCGCAAUAUCGUCGCCGCGUUGCGCUACUGCCACGCGCGCAGCGUGGUGCACCGCGACGUCAAGCCGCAGAACCUGCUCCUCGCUCGCGACGGCGUGCUCAAGCUCUCCGACUUCGGGCUCGCCGCGCUCGCGGAGCAGCGCGGCCGCGACGGGCGCCUACGCACGGCGUGCGGGACCCCGGCCUACGCGGUACUCUUUAUUAAUGGCUCUGAGACUUUCUCUUGA